AUGGACCCGUCCUCGCAGCCUCCCGAGUCAUCACAGUUCACAGAGGCAUUGAGUGCAGCGGACGGCAGGACUAAGCAGCCUCAGCGCGAGGAGCGAGGGAAUGGCAAUGAUGCGAAGUCGGGCGAGGUGAGUCGUGGAGGCGAAUCGAAACCGAAGUACUUUACCGCUGAAGAAGCAAUGGCGUCGCUAAGUAAACUCACAAAAACUCCUCAAGAGUAUUGGAGGGCGGCCCGAGAGCACAUAUUUCCCUCGUCUAGUGCCAUAACUCUACUACAAAGAUUAGUAUUCUUCGAUAGGGAUAGAGUCCCUGAUAAGACGAUAGAGCUACUGCGGGGACUAGUGGAAACGGAAGCCUUCCAGAAGGAGAUGAUGUUCAGCAACUUGGCGGCGAGCAAAGCCUUGGGCCGUUGGCUGAGUCAUGUGGUCGACUAUCGCCUCUCCAAAGGCGGUCAAGGAGGGGCGCUAUUGUCGCGUGAAUCGAGUAAGAAGAAAGGAAAGGUGCAGCGUGGAGGAGCCCUGUCCCCUAACACAGUCCAGCGAGAGAAGGAGACCUCCCCUGGCAUUGGGCCACGCGCCAUCCCGAAAUAUGUUCCAAGCAGUAAGACUCGUGGUGACUGUGACAGCUCCCAAAAUUCUUACCUCACUCGAGACGAUCUCCGACAGCUACGGCAACGAGUGCAGGGAAGAAGAAGAAAGGGAAUGUGUAUAGUAUGGGGUAAAAGGGCUGAGGGUUGGAAAUGGCCUUUGUUAUCGCAAGGAUUAGUGUCCUCUCCCUCACGUAUACAGGAGCAGCUAGGGACUUUGCAGCAGACAAAGCCGGGGGAUCGAUCGAGGGGGCGAGAAGAACGCUCGCGGUCACCUGCCAGGAGUGCUGGUGGUGGUGGUGGUGGAGGUGUGAGGAAUAAGGCUCUAGGUAAAGCGAUACCGAUCCAGUGGCGCUCGGCCCCUAGGCUAGACCAGCCUCUAUCGGCUAGGAACAUCUCUGCGAAGCUCUCAGUGAGGGACCAGAUCUGGUAUAAAGAGAAGGAUAGUUGGAGGCAGGCCCUGGACGAAGCACGACGAGAAAUACGGGAGUUGAAGGCAUUGGAGAGUCGGAUACUGUGGAACAUGCGGAGGGAGGAGAAGUCGGCUGAGAGGAAGAUGGAGAAGGAAGCACAGAAGGACAUAACGCAAUGGAGACGGGAGCAGGAGACGAGUCUGCGUGAGGGCAUCGAGGCAUUUAGGAGAACAACUCACCAGCGUGAGCUGAAGGAAAAUCUCGAGUUCGUACAGUUCAAACGGGAGAGGAAGAGGCGGGCUAGGGAGGCUGAGCUGGAGUUGAUAACACAGAGUUAUGAUGCUCAGCGAGAGAAGUCGAUUCAACGAGAGAACUGCGAGAAAGAGCGGAUAACGGCUGAUGAGGUGUUCAAGGCAGAGCAGCGGAAGGAUCGGGAGGAAACGCGGAAGCUGGUGAGAGCUCUGAAGGAGGAGGAGGCGAGGAAAGAGCAGGCCGAAAGGCUUUAUAACAGUGCAGAGAAGAUGGAGUACGAGAAGAGGCAAUUACUAGCAGAAAAGAACCGUCGUCUCAAGGAUCUCCAACUGAUGUCGGCCCUCUGUAGGAGACAAAGAAGGAGGAGGUUGAGGAAGCUCGGCGAAUCUGGAGCCACCCCGGCCGACAUCGAGACUGUGGUGAAGAAAGAACAUUCUGUGGAAGACCAACGACCCCGACAUAGACCUGUUAAAGUUCGGCCGAUAUUACCGGUGGAGCGAUUAGCUUCCCUCAAGAAUGACGCUGGUCGGGCGGUAUUCAGCUCCAAUGAGCCACCGUUUCGGCCCAAGUCCUUGGCGUUUCCUACUACAAAAUUCGCUCCGAAGAGGCCCGAUGCGCGGACUGUUGGGAGUGGGGAUCCGGCCUUGGCGAAGACCAUAGGGAAGAUUGCUAAAGAGAUGCACGUAUCGAGUGAGGAUGAGCCGAUGCCAAGCAGCGUUAAAGUGAUCCUGAUGAACGCGAUGAAGGUGUCGGCUGAGGAGAAGAAGAGGAGGAAAGAGAAAAUUGAGAGAAGCUCGCGUAAGCAGCUUCAGCUCCUAGCAUGUGCGAUUCACGGAUAUGCAAUGUUGGGACUUCCUGGUGUGCCCUAG